AUGGCACAAAGUAGUGAUUGCUGCACGUGGGAUGGUAUUCAAUGUGAUGAAAUCACGGGUCAUGUGAUCAGCAUUGACCUCAGUAACAGUGCUCUCUAUGGUUUUAUCAACUCCAGUAGCAGCCUCUUCCAGCUUGUUCACCUUCAAAAGCUAAGGGCCUAUAUUUUAAAAAACUCCAAACAACAAUUCUCAAACUACUCUACCAAACACCCUCUAAUCUCUCCAACAACAACUUCAAUCACUCUUAAAAUCCCCUUUGGAGUAAGGCGGCUUUCAAAGCUUACUUACCUUAACCUUGCUUAUUUUGGAUUUUCAAGUGAAAUCCCAGCAGAAAUUUUGCAGCUCUCUAAGUUGGUUUCCCUGGUUCUCUAUUCAAAUCCAUUGAAGCUCCACAAGUCUGGUCUCAAAAGUAUAGCUGAGAAGUUAACAAACUUGGAAGAACUAGUUCUGAGUGAGGUGGACAUAUCGUCCACUAUUCCCAGUAUCUUGGCAAACUUAUCUUCUUUAACAACUAUUUUUCUUAGAGAUUGUGGUUUGCAUGGUGAGUUUCCUACCGGAAUUUUUCAGCUACCAAAUCUCAAGUCUCUCAGUGUGCGCUUCAAUCCAAAACUCACUGGUCAUGUACCAGAAUUUAAUAGAAGUAGCCCCUUUGAAAAUUUGAGGCUUGCGGGCGCAAGUUUCUCUGGAAAGCUACCAGAUUCAAUGGGUAACCUCCAGUCCUUAUAUUACUUGGAUGUUGAUAGUUGCAAUUUCUCUGGACCAAUACCAUUGUCAUUUGCUAACCUUACAAAACUCACGUAUCUAGACCUUUCAAAUAACAAUUUCAACCGUGGGACUCUCUCUUGGGUUGGUAAGCAAACCAAACUCACCAUGUUACUUCUAGGAAAUAUCAGUUUAUAUGGUGAUAUCCCAUUUUCUAUUGGAAACCUGACUAAACUUACAUCAUUAUCACUUGGUUGGAAUGAAUUAACCGGUCCUAUCCCAUCGUGGCUAACAAACCUCACCCAACUAAAUACUCUGUGGCUGCCAAAAAAUAAAUUGUUUGGUCCAAUUCCAACAUCUAUUUCCAGCAUUUUGAAUCUUCAAAUUUUAGAUUUGUAUUCAAAUAACUUGAGUGGCACAAUAGAAUUUGACUUGUUUCGAAAGCUCAAUAACCUCUCCCACGUCGAUUUAUCUUAUAACAAUCUUUCAUUGAUUAUUGAUCCUAGUACCGAUUCUACCUUUCAAAAAUUUAAGGUAUUAGGACUAGGUUCUUGUAACUUAAGUGACUUCCCAAAGUUCUUUUGA